AAAAAAAAAAAAACCAAAUAAAAACUCAAACUUUACUCUUCUACACUAAAAUAAAUUCAACCUCGACUAUCCCAUCAAUCUCCGUAACCUUCCAACAUUGUCCUUAUUAGAUACUCUCCAAUUGAUUAUGUACACAAUCAAAUUCACGAACAUUACAUGGCACAUCAAGAAUUUGGAUGGCUCUCUUAUGAUUUUUUUGCAUGAGAAGAGAAAAAUAGUGUAAAGAUACAAACUCAGACAGUGAGUGCUCUUCUUCUUUGUUCGUCUUGUUGAUUCGCUUCAAUGCUGCCUUCCCUUUCCAUUUCAAUCAAGGCUUUAGGUCGUUCUGUUUCCAAGGCUCAAUCCCUGCUCACAAGUGUUUUAUGUAGGAGGAGGUUAACAACAUCAUCAUCAUCAUCAUCUUCUUUAUUCAAAAACACUUGCUUUACCUUUGCCCACUCUCAUACGUACCAUAGCAGUGGUAGUAGAUGUAGUAGAUACAUGAUGAUGAGUUCAGCUACCUCUCUUGAACUCAACUUCCACAGUGAUGUUGUAAGGUUUUCGCUAACUGAUAAUAGUAUGAACAAUAAGCAGCAGCAGCAGCAGCAGCCCAAAUUCAAACGCCGUAAGAUGUCCAAGAAGGCCAAAAUCAAUCAAUUAAAAUUCUAUCGUUUGAAGGCCAGGAAGAAGAUCAAUUCUCCCAACCCGGAAGUUAGGAUUCGAUAUAAACUUGAAAAGGCAAAACGGAAGGAGGUAUGGCUGAUUGACAAGCUGAGGAAAAUGGAGCUUCCCAAAACCCCACAUGAAACAGAACCACAUGACCCUGAAGCUCUAACCGAGGAAGAGAAGCAUUACAUUAAACGUACGGGUGAGAAAAAGAAGAAUUAUGUCCCUGUGGGUAGGCGUGGAGUGUUUGGAGGGGUUGUUCUCAAUAUGCAUCUUCACUGGAAGAAGCAUGAGACUGUCAAGGUUGUUUGCCGUCCUUGUAAGCCUGACCAGCUCCAUGAAUAUGCUCAGGACCUUGCUCGACUCAGCAAAGGCAUUAUCAUUGACAUCAAGCAUGACAAUACUAUUCUUUUUUACCGGGGAAAGAACUAUGUCCAGCCUACCGUCAUGUCACCUCCACAUACACUCUCCAAAGACAAGGCCUUGGAAAAGUACAAGUUUUUACAGUCCCUUGAGCAUACAAGUCAGUUCAUAGAAAAGUUGGAGAAAGAGCUUGAAGAGUAUCUGAAGCACCUUGCUCGGUACAAGCAAGGAAAAGAAGACGCACAAAAAGAUUCUAUGGAAUUUCAGCAAGAAUCUAUUCCAAGAUCAGCACACAGACCAACAAAGUAUGCACAGCCAAAACAAGUGUCAAAACCUCAAUAGAACAGUAAAUAAAAGGAAACCAGAAAAUUUAUACUGGUUCAGAUUACAAUGAAUAAUCCAACAUCCAGCUCCAGUUGUUAGCGUUGCCUCAUAACCUUUAUGAAGAAAUGCAAGAGUUUUAGAGAUACAAGUCGGUAAAAGAGAGCCUCGUACAAAUUUCUUGUACACUCAACACAGAAGUUUAUCAAUAGCACCUCUGGUUUUUUCUCUCUCUGCACAAUGAUUCACUCUUUCUCUCUUCUGCUGCCACCACAGAGAAAGUCUUGGAUCCAUCCAGGUAUAGCAAAUAUUGGAAUUUCCUUGCCCGGAGAACCAGCUGUACAAGUUUGUUACUCUCUGACCAAUGAUAAAUUUAAGAUGGCCCUGCUACUGCACAGUGAUGCCAUUGUUUUCUUCAUCCUUAUUAAUUUGGAAUCUCUAGAUUGAGGGUUUGUUAGUGAGUUAUUCUUGUAGCAUUUUCUGUUAUGUAAUGAUAAAUUUGUUAGCCAGUUAUUGGAAAUGAUGGCUAUAGUUGGAAAUCAUGUUAAAGUUUUCAGAGAUGAGCAGUGCAUUCUCUGCAGUUUUUUUCAGGUUGUGGAUUGGUAAUGCAGUUCACAAACUCAUAUUUUGGGUA